GCUUUUCAGGGCGAGUCCAACAGGCUCGCCGGAGAUUGCCGCCAUGGAGACGCUGGCCAGCGCCAUGCGCCGCGACAACCGCCGCUUCAAGGCAUCGUCCUCCUCCACCACCUCCUCCUCUGCCGGAAGGGUCCCCCUCGUCAUGGCCUUCCUCUCCUGCCUCGCCUGGCUCUACGUUGCCGGCCGGCUAUGGCAGGAUGCGCAGACUCGGGCGAUCCUGUCCGGCCUCCUCGAGAAGAGCUCCGGCAAUCUCCCCAAGGCGGUCUCGGUGGACGACAAGUUGAGGAAUCUCGGAUGCACUGAGAUCGGGAGGAAGAUCGCCGAGGCGGAGAUGGACCUCACCAAGGCAAAGAGCGAAGGGUACUUGUGGGGGAACGGGACUGGUACUACAGCUUCCGACAAGAAGAAGCUUCUUGCUGUCAUUGGGGUUUAUACUGGUUUCGGAUCCCGGCUCAAGAGGAACACCUUCCGUGGCUCGUGGAUGCCGAGAGGUGAUGCUUUAAAGAAGCUUGAGGAAAAGGGUGUAGUCAUUCGUUUUGUUAUUGGCCGGAGUCCAAAUCGAGGUGAUAGCUUGGACCGUAAUAUCAAUGAGGAAAGUAGAAAGACAAACGAUUUCUUGAUUCUGGAAAGUCACGAGGAAGCUGCAGAGGAGUUACCUAGCAAAGUUAAGUUUUUCUUCAGUGCCGCAAUAGAAGCUUGGGAUGCAGAGUUUUACGUCAAAGUUGAUGAUAACAUUAAUCUUGAUUUAGCUGGGUUAAUUGAGAUGCUUGAAGGCCGUCGAGGUAGCCAAGGAUUGUACAUGGGCUGCAUGAAAUCUGGAAUGGUAGUUAGUGAAGAGGAGCAACAAUGGUAUGAACCUGAAUGGUGGAAAUUUGGAGAUGCAAAGACGUAUUUUCGCCAUGCUUCUGGUUCUUUAUUUAUCCUCUCAAAUAAUUUGGCUCGCUACAUCAACAUAAACAGUGCGUCGCUGCAGAGCUAUGCGCAUGAUGACAUAUCGGUUGGUUCAUGGAUGAUGGGGCUCAAUGCCACGUACGUUGAUGACGACCGUUUGUGUUGCCUCACUUCAACACAAGAGAAAGUUUGUUCCAGCGGAUGAGCUAAGCGAAAGGAUUGGUUCCCCUUCUGAUGGGGUUCUUGUACACACCUAACAGCUUUGUGAAUGAUUGAAUGAAAAAAUAUAUAUGAAGAAACUACUAUCAGGCGAAACA